AUUUGGGGGACACCGUUACCCCUGCCUGUGUCUAUUCCGGGCCCAGGGGCCCAGCGGGUAUAAUAGCACAGAUCGAUAGAAGUGGAAAGGGGGCAUUUCCUUCCAAUCUCCUAGGCAAGGGGCAGCCCCAGCGGCAGUCUCCGGGACAUGUGACUAUGGGAGGGGAGGGAGAGAGAGAGUGAAACCGCUGCUAAAGGAAAGCAGAUCUGUGGCAGGGGCUGUGCUGCCAUACGGGGGGAUGCCACAUACCAGUGUCUGGCUGCUUUAGAGGCGCAGAAGGAGCGAUUUGGCACUGCGUUUUAUUCAUCUCUGGGCAAGAUGUUUGGCUGCCGGCACCUCCUCACACAGUGCUGCUGGAUGCUGGCAGUUUCCCUCAGUGCUUGGAUGGAUGGAGCCCAUGGAAUUGGGGUUCAGCUGAUCCCUCAGUACCCGGUGGUUAGUCAGUCUGUUACCCUGAGCGUCACUGGGGUCACUGGCACCAUACGGCAGUUCAGCUGGUAUAAAGGUUCAAGUGCAGAUACCAAUAACCAAAUAUUCAGUGUUAUUCCAUCUGCAAACUCAGUGACAAAAGGGCCUCAGUAUUUCCCUCGUGCCAAUUGGCUCCCAAAUGGCUCAUUGCAGAUCUCAGGCCUUGUUCCUACAGACCAGGGGAAUUACACAGUGCUGAUGUAUACUGCUGAGAGUACAACACAAGAUACAGUUUCCCUGCCAGUUUAUGAGCCUGUCAGUUCCUCAGGGAUCAGCACAGACAAUAAGGAACCCCAGGAGAAUCAGCCAGUCACCCUCACAUGCAGUGCAAAUAAUGCAGAACAGAUCCUUUGGAGCAAGAAUGGUGUCCCUCUCCCUCCCGGGCUGACUCUGUCUGCAGAUAACAGGACUCUCACUUUCCCCAGGAUCUCUCGCUCAGAUACCGGCCAAUAUCGAUGUGAGGCUUCAAAUGCCGUCAGUAAGAUUAUCAGUGAUCCCUACACAUUAACUGUAAACUAUGGCCCAGAAAAUCUGAAAAUUAAAGGAACACUACAAGUGACUUCUGGGUACUCCACCUCAUUAGAAUGUUCUGCUGAUUCUGUUCCUGCACCAACCUACCAGUGGAAAUUCAAUGGGACUAAUUUGGAAUCACAGACUAACACCCUGUACAUCCAACAGGCCACACCUGAGAGUGCAGGAAAUUAUACCUGUAUAGGGACUAAUUCAGUGACAAAGCUCUCGCGGGAAACCUCUGUAUAUGUGUCUGUGAAUGAUUAUAACCCCAGUGACAAUCCCAUUGGACCAGGGCCUAUAGCUGGCAUUGCGAUUGCUAUCAUACUUGUUAUUGCUCUAGUCGCUGCAUUAAUUUUCCUGCUCGGCAUACGAAGACGUCACAGCUCUUCCAAGCAAGAGAAGAAAUCUACCGAGAAUGGCCAUACGAGCGCACAAGGAAUAGAGAUGGAUGAAUCUACUCUACAGUACAGCUCCAUAGAUUUCAGUGCGCAGCGAGGUCUCCAAAGGAAUGAGCACGUUGUACCUGACAACACUGUGUAUGCCGAAGUGAGACGCCAGUGACCUCCUGUUCUCAGGAUUCCAUAUUUACGGAUACCUGAAUUUUCUGAUAUGUCUCCACAUGGGUCUGACAACGACUAUUCAUCAUUACAGGGAAUAAUGGACAUCAACAAGACAUAUCUGGGGCAGGUUUGGAGAAGACCCAAGCACAAAAGGUUCCAGAGUACCACUGUGGGAGAAUGGUCAAUGCCAUGUACUUUGGUACCCGCAGGCUGGUAACUGACUCAGGGAGAAGGACAGAUGAUUUUUCAGCUCAGACUGAUCAAUGGGCUAAUUAAUAAUUAAUCAGGACCCCCAGCAGUGCACUGUUUACACCUCAUUCACAUAACAGGCUCUUUUAAUCAGACUUGUUGCAUCAUCCAUGUAUUACCCUUGGAAUGGUCUGUUCCACCUGUGUAGAAUUCAGUAUUGAGCAUCAGAUUGGGUUGUACUAAACAGCAUCGUUUGAGCAUCAGGGACAAACACUCCACCCAAGGAUUGCAGAAACACCUAAAGAACAGAUAUUUUUCUCUUUCCUGUCAAAUGAUAGAAUGGCAUCAAAGAUGGUGGACCUGCUUGUUUUUAUGCAGAUGUCUUUUCCAUGUUGUCAGACUCACACCAAAGAAUUCUGUAGGGAAUGAGACCUGAGAUUCUUCACUAUGGAACCACAGGCUGUUCAUUAGCACAAAACCAUCUUUAAACCAUUUGCAACCCCCACCCUGAGCGAUAACGUGCUUCAAACAGAAGAUUUCAUAUCAAAGAAAUGUGCAUUGUUUUCCCGAGUUCUGAAUUAAUUGCUCUGUUGGGAGUCCUGAAGCUGAAGGCCAGUAUAUUUCUGCCCCAAAUAUACCAGUGACAUUACUUUGGCACUGGUUCCAUCCGAUGCACUGAGUAUAGGAUCACAAAAUCCAGUAUGUAACCAGUUUACACGUGCUGUACAUUGAAUUACCCAGUAUGCUGCUUCAAUUCAUCUCUCUUAAACUUUACUUUGAAUAGUUAAAAAUAACAACAACUGGGUGCAGCAAAAUGAUAUAUUUCCUAUUUUUGCCUCGUCCGGAUUAAGAGGUUAAAGCUGUUGUCAUGUCUGGAAGCUUCGUAGUGAUGUAUUUCAGACUUCUUUUCAAAUGUGAAAGCAUUGGCUAUUGAUUUAUAUGCUCUUGUCUGCAUAGACUGUGUGGCACUACUGGUAGCCAGAAAUGAACUGUUCCCUCGGCCCUUGCGGAGGGCUUUGCCCAAUCAGUAGGAGUAGGUCUGGGCAAAACUAGGCUUUUUUUGUCCCCUCCCCUUCCCAUCUUAAUGGUGUGAGCCUUAGUAAGUGGAAUAAACUAUAUGGUGCUGUUUAGUGUGUGUCCUAGUACAGUGCAGUUGAAGGGUGCCAGGAGUUUUUUUUCAUGAACUAUUUAUUAAAGGACAGGCGAUCUACAGAUCAAUGCAGGCCUACACUCGCUGUCUUUGCUACUCACCUCUAUAAUAGGUGCCAAUAACAGCCUUUGAUCAACACAGAAAUAUAAAUACCGAUCUUACUGGCAGGAUUAGCUCUUACCAUAGUCAAGUGGCCAGAAGGAAGCCAUAUUGUUACCUGCAUUUAAAUGCUGUGAUUAUGAGCUGUUCCAAAUCUAUUUAUGGGGCUUAUAUGUGUAUGGGAGCUUAGGCAGAUGGAGAUUUUUGUCUGUGGAUGGGUCUGCCAUGGCCCCCCUGAAGUACAUUAGAUUCAGCCCAACACAAAUCCUGCUGAAAAAAGGCCACAUCUUUGCCAAAUCCAAAAUUGAAUCCUGGAUUGGGUGUGUCCCUAGUUCCAUGUGGCGCAUUACAGCAGACCAGGUCCUCUGUAUAAUCAAACAACCUGUAGAACAGCGCCCAAUACAGGACAUCACUACCUUUUGGGCUUCAGGCCAAUCUUCCGAUGGACGACAUAGAGCCUGGGGCAGUUGAAAUGGAUCCUGCAAAGAGCAGAAGAAUCCAAUGUAAGAAGACAGACCACCUAAUACUCCUUGUCCUGCACAUCUGUUAGGAUAGAUAUAUCUUAGAAAUAUUUAGUGUGAGUAUAGGGCAUAGAUACAUUGUGGGUAUUAUUCAGCUAUUUUGUGCAGUAUUCGUUACCUCCCCUGGAGAAGCCCCUUUUCCAAACUAAAUUUCUUUGGGUGGGUUAGGGGGGCUGAGACCCUUGCUACCAAAUUAUUUAACCGAUUUAUGUAUAAAAUAAGGGCAUAUUUAAGCGACAAGCUGAUUUACUAAACUGUGGUCACCUUUAAUGGAAAUAAAAACUUAUUUUGGGGUUGGGUCACCUUUAUUACUCCCUCCCCCAACCACAAAGAUGGUGUUUCUCUUUGUUUGACUUGAAUAAUAGUAUUAUUUUUGUAAAAAGGAUUUUUACUCGUAUUGUUGAUGGGCCAGGUUUUAAUUAUGUGGAUUACAAUUGGACCAAAUAUAUGCAUAAUUGUAUUUGUAGCCCAUAGUGGAAGCCUCCAUAUUGUUCCGCCAUCUGAGGUGGUCUCCAUAGACUUCUAUAAAGAGCUUUUCUUUUGAGGUCUACAGAGAAUACUUCAGAAAGACAAGCAGUAGGGCAUAUCCCACUGCAAAGGGUAAUUACAUGGGAGACCAAUCAAUUGUUUUAUAAUCUUGCCAUGUUAAUUACCUAUUAAAUAGAUUCUCAAUUGGAGGCUCUACAUCUAUAGAUUAACUGUAACACUUACAUACAACCACUCAAUAGCUUCAGCUGUUAAUGGGGUGCUUGGGUGUUUCAGUUCAAUAGCAACCGGAGGGUUACAGAUUCAACAUCUCUAAAACAGGUGUUUAUUGAUUGAUAUAAUAUCACCCGACCAUUAUAAAGGGGCAGAUUGUGUGAUUGUGGCUCGAGUUACAGGGGAUCAGUAUCAAAAUGAACUUGCCUAGUAGUAUACAAUAUUUUUUUAAAGGUACCAGUCCCACGGGAGAUGUGUAAUAUAUUUUCUCUUUAUAACCUUAGUGAAUGUGGACCUAAUGUGUACGUUCUUGCCAGUAGUGCCUUCGGACCCCUUUGUUAUUCAUAUGUUUUCUUUGUACCGUUCCGUCUCUGUGUGCCUGCUUUCUAUUGUACAGCACUUUUGGGAAAUGUUAGUACUGUAUAAAUACAAAUGUAUACUAUUAAACUAUUUUUGUCAUGUA